CGUACUAAGCAAACUGCUCGCAAAUCUACUGGCGGGAAGGCACCAAGGAAGCAACUAGCUACAAAGGCUGCCAGAAAAUCUGCUCCGGCGACUGGAGGAGUGAAAAAGCCUCACCGUUUCCGACCAGGAACUGUGGCUCUUAGAGAAAUCAGGAAGUAUCAGAAGUCGACUGAGUUGUUGAUCAGGAAGUUGCCCUUUCAGAGACUGGUGAGGGAGAUCGCUCAGGAUUUCAAGACGGAUCUGAGGUUCCAGAGCAGUGCUGUGGCUGCUCUGCAAGAGGCUGCUGAGGCAUACCUUGUUGGAGUGUUUGAAGAUACUAAUCUAUGUGCCAUUCACGCUAAGAGGGUCACGAUUAUGCCUAAGGAUAUUCAACUUGCUAGGAGAAUUCGUGGUGAAAGGGCUUAGGAAGUGGAAGAUUGUUACUGUUUUUCUGUUCGUUGUUGGAAAGUUAGGGUUAGUUUUCAAAUUUUAUUGUAGAGUUUAGCGGAAGCAAUGUCGUAACUGUUGGUUCUACUGGCCUUCUGGAAUCUGGUUAAUGGAAUUUGCACUUUGUUUUCUUCAAUCAAACAUCUUGCAAUUACAUUGACGUGUUAUUUGCUCACAAUUGAAGGUUGAACCUAUACUUGUUUUGAUUGGCUA